UAAAAUAAUAAUAAAAUAAUAGAAACGCCAAUAUCCGGCAUCGGUACUUGGCCAUUUCAGGAGUGUUGGUGCUUUAUAGGCUGGGUGUUUCCCAGAGUUGUUCGGAGGCUUUCUAUGAGUUCACUUGUGGAACUUUCUUUGGGGAAAUUUCUAGAAUCUUUUGUUAUAAUUUCGGUGGUGGCUCUUCGGUGGAGAAUUUGGUAUGAAAGAAAUAGGACUUUUCUAGGACGUGGCUCUGCUCUUGUUGUAUACUGGGAAAAAGAAAGCCACAAACAAGAUGGUGCUAUCAGAGGAGGAAAUCACCAGGCUUUUCAGAAUUCGAAAAACUGUGUUCCAAAUGCUAAGAGACCGAGGUUAUUUUGUUGGAGACUUUGAGAUUGACAUGACAAGGGAGCAAUUUAAGCAUAAAUAUGGUGAAAGCAUGAAAAGAGAAGAUAUUGUUAUUAAUAAAGCCAAGAGAAAUGAUAGCUCUGAUCAGAUUUACGUUUUCUUUCCAGAAGAACAGAAGGUUGGCGUGAAGACAUUGAAAACAUAUACCAGCCGGAUGAAAUCAGAGAAUGUUUCUAGAGCAAUAUUGGUCGUUCAACAGAAUUUGACCCCUUUCGCUCGUACCAGUAUAAGUGAAGUAUCUACCAAAUUUCACUUGGAAGUUUUCCAGGAAGCAGAAUUGCUAGUUAAUAUCAAAGAGCACGUCCUUGUUCCCGAGCACCAGUUACUCGCCAAUGAAGAGAAAAAGACGCUACUGGAGAGAUAUACCGUGAAGGAAACACAGCUACCGCGCAUACAAGUGACCGACCCGGUUGCAAGAUAUUACGGGCUAAAGCGUGGACAAGUUGUGAAGAUCAUCAGACCUAGUGAGACUGCGGGAAGAUAUGUAACAUACAGAUAUGUUGUCUGAGUAUACUUGUGAUUUUGCGAUAAGAUGUGACAUAUAAAUACACCUUGAAGUUAGUCUUAAUUAGUGUUAAUGGUUGUGAUAUCUGAAGUGAGUUAGAAGAAGAAUUGAAGAAGAAUUGAAGAAGAAUUUGGGAACUUUUGUAUUUGGUAUUUAUUUAUAUGGGACCUUCAUUGUAUUAGUUGUGGUGUUGUACACUAGUAGAUUUUUAUGUAACAUUGGAAGAUUAAAUUUUCUAUCUGUGAACUCGAAAUUACAUUGUUGGAAGACUCAAA